AUGAGCAACAGCGACAACGAGAUCGACAACGCCCUCGGCGGGCAGUCCGGCGUCGCCUCUGCGACUACGACUCCCGCGGCUCCGGCCGCUGCGGCAAACGUGCCCGCCGACCUGGCUGCGAUCCAGGCCAUGGUGGACGCCGGCGUCGUGGUCGGCGCGGACCCCGAGCCGGCGAUUCCCGCAGCUCAGCGACGUGCGCAGAUUGAGGCCGAGCUGGCUGCCAAGGGUCAGAAACCCGUCGAGCCCCAGCCCGAGCCGGACUCGGAGUCCAGCUCCGAAUUCGAGUCUUCUUCCGAGGAAGAGUCGGACGACGAGCAGCCCAAGGACAAGUCAAAGCCCAAGCCGCUUACGAACGAGGAGCAGAAGGAUCUGAGGGAUAAACUCGACAAGUUUUACGGAUAUGAGGUCAUGAGCGAUAGCGAGGAGGAGGAGCUGGACGAGGAGGAGGACGCGGAGCUCGCCAUGAUGGAGGCGAUGGGGCUCGACGACGACUCUGGCCCAGUCAUGUCCGCACACGAACAGCCUCUCCCGCCCGUCUCUGCGCCGCCGAUUGCCCAGCUUCCCGCCGACAUGCCGACUACAUGUGCGGGUGAGAUUGUGUCUUGGAUGAAGGACAAGGCGGUCGAGAACUGGCUCGCCAAGCAGGAGAAGGGCGAGGGGACCGGCGAGGACAGGAAGAAGGGGGAAGGCAAGGACGAGGCGAUGGCCGAAGACAAGCCUGAAACUACCGAGGAGAAGCCCGCCGAGCCUGCUGCUCCUGCUGUAGCUCCCGCCGACACGACCGAGACGAAGGACGACGUUGAGAUGGGCGACUCGACGCCUACCGGUGCCACCAACGCUGCCACUGAGGAACCCAAGUCGGACGCCGUCGACUCCAAGCCCGAGCCCAAGUUCACGUCCUCCGGCACGCUCAUCAUCAAAGCCCUCCCUCUGCCGGGCUACCUCGAGUCUGGCUCCAUCCUCGCCACGUCCUCGGGUGCGGUGUUGGGUGUAGUGUACGACACGUUCGGUCCCCUCUCCCAGCCAUUCUACAAUCUCCGCCUUCCCCCGCCUCCCUACUCCAUCCCCGCCAUCUCUCCAGGCGACAAGGUCUUCGUCCCUGCGUCCGAGGAGUACCGUUUCUUCGUGGACAUGAACGCGGUGCGGGACCCGCGAUUCCGCUCAGACGCCUCAAACGUGUACGACGAGGAGGUGGGCGAGGACGAGCGCGAGUGGAGCGACGACGAGAAGGAGGCGGAAGCCAAGCGGCUCAAGAAGGCGAAGAGGAAAGCGAAGCGUGGUGGAGCCGCUGCCUCGGGGGGUGAUGGACGGCCAGUGGCCGAACUGCCCGCCCAUCUCCCGCCCCGACCUGGGGGAUUGCCCGUGUACGACGACGAGACGCCGGCGGGCGCGCCGGGGCAGAGGCGUGGCCAGGGCCAGGGCCGCGAGCGCGGUGGAAGGGGAGGAGGAGGAGGAGGCAGGGGAGGACGAGGCCGUGGGCAAGGACGUCCCAUGGCUGGAAGAGACCAGUUCCCAGGCUUCACGAACAAUCCCCAGGGAUACCCCAACAUGCCCUAUGCGCCGGCGGGGUACAAUCCCAUGCAGCCUGCAUACGGCAUGAACCCGAUGAUGGGCAUGCAGGGCAUGCCUGGCAUGCCGAUGGGUAUGCAGGGCAUGGGAGGCAUGCAGGCCAUGCCGAUGAACAUGGGCGGUAUGGGGGCCAUGGGCGGGUUCUAUAACCCUCAACAGUAUGGCGGACAGCAGGGACAGCAGUAUGGCGCUCCGCAACAGCAGCAGCAGGGCGGUCAGCAGGGCAACGCGCCCGCUAUCAACCCGAGGUUCGCUCAGCAGUACGGGUUCUGGCCGGGACAGCAGGCGCCGGGAGGACAGGGCGGGGAGCAGCAGCCGCCGUACUCUGAGUGA